GUGUACACAACUGUCCUAAGCGACUUAAGUUAAUGUAAAAUAUUUUCUAAAUAAAAUUAGUACGAAAAGUGUUUAUAGGUUUAUGUAAAUUGAGUCCAUUUACACAUAACUUACUAUUGCUGAAAACACAUUAAGCAAAUUAGCUAAUAUUGUCAAAAUGGCGAGAAAACAACCAGAACAUCAAGGGAUUCAAAUGGUUUCAGUGGAGAAUCACUGGCAUCAUAUCUUCAAUAGGUACGAUGUGGAUGGAGAUGGUCGGAUCGCCUUGGCUGAAUUCAAGACGAUGUUGAGAAGUAACAGAUUCAACCACGACAUACCGGAUCGAGUUGUCAAGCAGAUACUCUUGAAUGCCGACGCUGACAGGAAUGGUUACCUUGAGUUCCAUGAGUUUCUCAAGUUGGUGGAGAGCGAUGAGGGAAGGCACCUGUUCAAUCAUUACAUGAACUCUUACGUCCGUUCAGUGAUUCCUCGAAGGACUUGGACUAGAGAUGAUAUCAUCGAUGGGGAAUAUGAAGACCAAUAUACUUGCAGACCCCCUGCUAUAGGCAUGCUCUUGAUUAGUUUAAUAGAGAUGGGUUUGUUCCUGUACGACGUCGCCGUCACUCACACCACAGUAAGCACAGAUGGCCCAGUAUCUCAGCUGUUCAUAUACAAUCCCCGUAAGCGGGCUGAAGCUUGGCGUUAUAUGACGUACAUGUUUGUGCAUAUCGGUGUGUUUCAUCUGGGAGUGAACAUCUUGGUUCAAGUGCUACUUGGUAUUCCACUGGAGAUGGUUCAUCGCUGGUGGAGAGUUCUCAUCGUCUACUUCGCUGGAGUCAUUGCCGGCUCCCUCGCUACCUCCAUGUCCGACCCCUACGUGUACCUCGCCGGGGCUUCUGGGGGAGUUUACGCCCUCAUCACUGCUCACAUUGCCACCAUUAUCAUGAAUUGGUCUGAAAUGCAGUUUGCAGUUUGGCAACUCCUAGUAUUCCUCUUCUUGACUAUUGUAGAUUUAGGAUCGUCCAUUCAUGCUCGUUACAUUGCGAAUGAAGAUAAUAAGGUUGGAUAUGUCGCUCACUUAGGAGGAGCUGCCGCAGGUCUUCUCGUUGGUCUAUACGUUCUGCGCAACCUCGAGGUUCAGUCCUGGGAACGUGUAGUGUAUAGGAUCAGCAUGGCCGUGUUUUUGGUCUUUGUUGCUUCCGCAAUCGUCUGGAACGUUGCCUAUCCUAACUACUUUCCUCCUCAAGAUGUAAAUAUUUCCUUCCAGAAAAACUAAAAGAAAACAUGUGCAAAGGAUUGGCUGGAUAAAUCCUGUCUACUUUUAGAUAAUUUUAGACUUUUCUUGUUGAACACUAGUGCUUUUUUAAGAAACUCUAAUGGCUAUAAGGAAUGUACAAUUUUUACUAUAAUUUGUAGCAAAAGAAAACGUAUAAGGUGCAAAAUUUGGAUUGACUGGAUCAAUCUUAGCCUAUCUAUUUUUUUAGAUAGUCAUAGACUUAUCAUGUUGAAAACUAGUGUUUUUGGAAAAACUUUGUGGUGGUUACUAAGAAUGUAAAAUAUUUACAAUUGAUUUGUAGCAAAAAAAGAAGAUCUAUAAAAACCACAGUUUUAACUCUGAUGAAGGCUAACAAUGUUAACAAACCAGGGAUCAAAUGUUUGUGGUCAGUUAUCUUAUAAAAUGUUUAUAGGUAAUUUCCAGUUCCCUAAUAUUCUAAAACUAUUUGGUACAAAUGUACAAAACCUAUGUAAAAGUGAAGUAUUUUCAGGGAAUAUUUAUAUUUUGUACUUUCGCCCUCCUUUUGUGAUUGAAUCACUAGUGUUUUACUUAAUUUUAAUUUCAAAACCAUGUUCAGGCAGAAAAUAGAUCAUAAAUGAAAGGUUUUAAUAUUAUUUUGUAGAUUAAAAAGUUGAAACUAUAAAUUAUGUAACUAUCUAAAUGAGUAUGAAUGAAUAUAUUACCGGUAUGCUUUGUUUUAAUAUUUGUUCAUUAUGAUGUUUUUUUAUAAUCAUGCAUUUUGAAUGAUCAUACAUCAAUGUUAAAUGGAUAUUUAUUUAAUUAUAUAAAGUUAUAUGCAUAAAACAAAUUGAUUGUUUUAAUUGCAAUUAGUUCGCUAUAUUAUUGCUCAGCUUAAGUUCAAAGUUCUUAAGUUCUCAUGAUAGUUCAUUUGAAAGCUAUUUUAUAUCAUAUAACCACUAUUUAUUUUUAUAAACUGUUUUAUUGAUGUUACCAAAGUUUAUACUUACUGAAACCAUCAGUUGAGUUCUAUAAUUCCAUCCUGUAAAUCAAACUAUAUUUACUAGAAUACUAGAAUGUUUUGGUGCCUAGUAAUAAUCGUUUUUAGUUACAAAUCUGUAUACAGUAUUAAGAAUUAUUCAGGUAAUAUUAGUACGUUUAUUAACGUUUAUAAAACAUUUUCUGUUACCUUCAUAGGUAGUUGAUAUUGUGUAUUAGUACUUGAUAAUAAUUCAAUUUUAAUCUGUAUCACUGAUUGUAUAAGUAUUAUGGGAAUGUUAAGCUAAACCUAUGGGUUCCUACCUAGUUUUCUGAAAUGCCAGUUUUUAGUAGGUAAAUUAUCAUUUAGUAAACAUUUAGUAAAUUAUUUAUUUUACUGCAGUAUUAUAUUUUUCAUUAGUUAUAAAUUAAUUUAUUAUAUUAUUGUAUCUCUAUUUCCAGGGUGAAAACUGUGUUAUUUCAAGCUUAUUGGUAAAAUCAAAACAACAUUUACAUGUUUUGAGAAUAUCUUUUUAUUUAGAAAAAUGAGGUUUUCUUAACAAAAACACUGUGAAACUGACAGGCUAUUCUAUUUUAUGUAUUGAUUUACUUGAAUUAAUACAAACUUCUCAGUUAAAAGGCUUAACUGUGGAAUUCAAUUAAUUCUUACUAAAGGAUUUCAAUUUAAUUUUUAUAUUUAUACAGUUCUGUCUUUUUUACCUGUUUAUAAACGGCUCUAAGUUCCAAAGACUGAGGGCUCAUUAUUUUCUUUUGAGAAAAUAUUUACAUUUUAAAAGUAAUAGUUACUUAAUAGGUAUUUUUAGAAGAGAUCUAGGCCAGUUGUUAAUAAGAUUUCAUAAUAAAAAGCACUAAGCAGGCUUACCUUUGCAUAGGGUUGGAAACUUCUCAAAGGAAAAAAACAUAAAACUUAUUGAAGUAUUUUUAUUUGAAUCUGUGUGUGUAUCAACUUGAUAAUAUUUUUGUAUAAGAUUUUUUCAACGAAUCAAAAAUCAAUGAAAGGACAUCCUGUAAGCCUUGCCUCUGUUCUCGUAACGGAGUUAAAAAUAACCACUUUAGUAAUAUUUUCUUAUAGCUCUUUAAUAAUAAUUAAGAGUCUAAUACAUCCUUAAUUUUUGUUAAGGAUUUUAAAACAUAUUUGUAGGACAGUAAAUUUAUGACUUUAGAGACGAUAGUUUCAUAUCUGAGUUAUCGUGAAACAUAAAACUGUCUAAUUUUAUAUAAAAAAUGUGCCUUGAUGUUGUGAUCUGUUUUGUAUAGCUUAAUUGAAUUUUUGUAUUCAUAUGUCAAUCUUUAGCAUUAAGCGGAUAUUUGCUUAUAUAGCUAUUUUGCUAAAGUUUAUUUGUGUGACUUAUUAUUUUUCUAUGGUUGAGGGUUUAAAAUGUAUUGUAAGUUUCUUAUCUUCUAAAUUACAUGUGAUAGUUUACAUUUCCAGUUAUUGGAAAUGUAAUGUAAAUCUACAACGAGAAACAGAUCAAAGAACAAUGCUUAGCAGGGAUCAAAAUGUUGAACUGCACACACAAAAUGGCUAGCACAAGCAAGUUCCUGGCUGUCUUAAAGCCCUAUGUUUUCAUUGUACAAAUCCAUAUAUUUAUUCGAAACAUAAAAACAAGGUCCGUUCCGUAUAGAAUCCAAAACAUAUUUUUAAAGAAAUUUUCAUUUUUAUUAGAAUAUUACUAAAAAGGUAUUACUGCGUAAUUUUUAUCAAUUUUGGCAAUCUUGUAUGUUGGAUUUCUUUUACUGACCUUGUUUUUAGGUUUGUCACGAUUUACAAGUAUCACCGCGUUCUUUCAUAUUGCCUUAUGUAUGUUGUAUUGAUAGAUGUUUUUAUUUUUACAUGUUUGCAAUUCAUAUCAAUAAAAAUACUUGUAAAAUA